AUGAGAGUUGACCACAACGAAUGUAAUAAUGAAAUCAAACCCAUUCUUAUAUCCAUUGCCUUUGGUCCUGCCAUCCCAUCCAUCCCAUCUUGGCGGGAUGGUUGUGAUGGCGCUGCCAUCCCUAUAUGCACUGCCAUCCCGGAUGGCCAGCCUUGUGUUAGGACUCAGCCCUGUGCCACUGGGCCAUAA